UUUCUCCGCGAGGGGGGGUGAAGGCCCCCCAAAUAUGCAUAUGUGAAGGGGCCAAAAAGUGACGGCCACUGGCAAGGAGUCUUAACUAGAGAAAGAAACGGGACCAAACUGGCGGUCUCAGUGGCAGCGAAGCCGGCCGCGCUCCGGACGAGCUACCUGGGUACUUUUGUUCCUAUGUAUAAAGAUGUCUCUGGUGGAUUUGGGGAAGAGGCUGCUAGAAGCUGCAAGAAAAGGCCAAGAUGAUGAAGUGAGAACGCUGAUGGCCAACGGGGCCCCAUUCACCACAGACUGGCUUGGAACAUCACCUCUUCACCUUGCAGCCCAGUAUGGUCAUUAUUCCACAGCGGAAGUACUCCUUCGAGCAGGUGUUAGCAGGGACGCCCGGACCAAAGUGGACAGGACCCCUUUGCAUAUGGCUGCUGCUGAUGGACAUGCGCACAUCGUGGAGCUGCUUGUCAGGAGUGGUGCAGAUGUGAAUGCCAAGGACAUGCUGAAGAUGACAGCUUUGCACUGGGCCACAGAGCACCACCACCGAGAUGUGGUUGAAUUACUCAUCAAAUAUGGUGCUGAUGUCCAUGCUUUCAGCAAGUUUGACAAGUCUGCUUUUGACAUCGCACUGGAGAAAAACAACACUGAGAUUCUGAUCAUCCUACAGGAAGCAAUGCAGAAUCAGGUGAAUGUUAACCCCGAGAGAGCCAACCCAGUGACUAACCCUGUGACUGUGACUGCGCCAUUCAUCUUCACCUCUGGAGAGGUCGUUAACCUCGCUAGCUUUGUUUCUUCCGCCAACACCAAAGCAACCUCAGCUAACUUAGAAGAAAUUGAAGAAGGAAAUUCACUUGACUCCUCAGUCCAGCAAGUGGUGGGGAGUGGAGGCCAGAGGGUCAUCACCAUAGUGACUGAUGGAGUCCCUCUGGGUAACAUUCAAACCUCAAUCCCUACUGGAGGCAUUGGCCAGCCCUUUAUUGUAACGAUGCAAGAUGGACAGCAAGUUCUAACUGUACCUGCUGGUCAGGUUGCAGAGGAGACAAUAAUUGAAGAGGAAGAAGAGGAAGAAGAGAAGCUGCCAUUGGCAAAGAGACCAAGGAUGGCAGAGAUGGCAAACAGUGCUGAGGAAAACAAGGAAGGCAGUGAGAGAGAGUUUCUGCAGCAGCAGCUCCAAGAGGCCAAUAGAAGAGCCCAGGAAUACAGACACCAGCUUCUCAAGAAAGAGCAGGAGGCAGAACAGUACCGACUCAAACUGGAGGCUAUGGCCCGACAGCAGCCCAAUGGAGUUGAUUUCACCGUGGUUGAGGAGGUAGCUGAAGUGGAUGCUGUAGUAGUGACAGAAGGGGAAGCAGAAGAAAGAACAGCAGAAGUGAUGAAGUCGGCAAGGACCACAGAGCCUCACACUAGUGUUUCCAUAGAAACUGUGUCAUCUUAACACACAAAGGCCAUGACUUGCAUUCAUUCAUCUUAUUCUUUUUAAGAAGAAAGUACAGAGGGUAAGCAUCGUGCACAGAUUGAGACUGUCUGUAAGAAGGUAACAGUAGCAGGGCUCAGUGCCUGGGCCCAGGAAGGCUGUAUGUGCAGCUGGAAAACUCAGCCACCUUAGGGGCAUCUAAGGGACCAAAGGACCGGGACCAAAUCUCUCAGCUCCUAUCAUUGCUUUAAUACUGGGCAUUGAGGGUUUAUUUUUUUUUAAAUAACUUUAUAUCAAAAGAUUUUAAGAUAAUACUUGUAAUACAUAUAUACCAAGAGCCUUAAUAAUUUUACCUGAGAGUUUCAAGUGACCUGAAAUUUGCCUUAGAUUUAUGAAACUGAUAACAGAAGUAGGAAGCCUCCUCCUGAGGAGGAGUAAGAUACCAUACAUUCCUUUCUUUUUUUCCUUUUUUUUGGGGGGAGAGGGAGGAGAGAGGUUCCAGACAGGGUUUCUCUGUGUAGCCCUAGCUGUCAUAGAACUUACUCUGUUGAUCAGGCUGGCCUUGAAUUCACAGAUCUGCCUGUCUCUGCUUCCCCAGAACUGGGAUUAAAGGCCACCACAGCCUGGCUAAUGAUACUGUACAUUUCUAAGAGAGCAGACACACAAGCUAUGCCUUGUUAAUUCACUGAAAAGGAAUCUAUAAAGCUAGGAAUGGUAGUACAUACCUACCUAUAAGGCCAGCACUCAGGAAAAUGAAACCCAGCUAAUGAGUUUGAGGUCAGCAUGAGCUACAGACUCCUUCAGUGAAAGAGGGACAGGUGUGCUGUUGAACACCUUUAAUCCCCAGCACUCUGGAGUGCAGACAGUCAGAUCUCUGAGUUCUAGGCCAGUCUGGUCCACAUAUCAAGUUCCUGGCCAGCCAAGGCUCCAUAAUGACACCCUGACUCCAGAUAAAGCAAAGCCAAACAAAACAGGAGUGGAGCAGU